GAGAGCAUGAUUCAAGAAUAGUGUUAACUUUAUUUAGAAAUUUCAAGAUUUAGAAGACGAAGAAAACGACAUCGCCUUGGCGAUGUCACCUAACAGACCAGCAGCUAAGACCACAACGCCACGUGACAUCAGCGAUAGUCCCGAUGAACGUGAAACAUGGAGCGGCAAAGUCGAUUUCUUAUUAUCCGUUAUAGGAUUCGCUGUGGAUUUAGCAAACGUCUGGCGAUUUCCCUAUUUGUGCUACAAAAAUGGAGGAGGCGCAUUUCUGGUACCUUAUUGCAUUAUGUUAUUAGUUGGUGGUAUACCCCUUUUUUACAUGGAAUUAGCUUUAGGUCAACACAAUCGUAAGGGUGCGAUAACAUGUUGGGGUCGUUUGGUGCCAUUAUUUAAAGGAAUCGGUUAUGCAGUGGUUCUAAUAGCAUUCUAUGUUGAUUUUUAUUACAAUGUUAUUAUUGCCUGGUCGUUGCGUUUCUUUUUCGCCUCAUUUACGAAUGCAUUGCCAUGGACAUCGUGUACAAAUUUCUGGAAUACAGAUGAUUGUAGACCGGUGAGUAAUAUUCCCGAAAAAAUGAAUAAGACGUAAUAAAAUACAUGAGUACUUAUCGGAAAUAAUAUUUUGUUUCCUUUUGUCUUAUAGUUCGAACAAGCCAGCACCCCAGCCCUGUUGGGCGCCAACGUUAGCGAUAGUUUGCUUAAUUCAACAAUUACCUCCGAAUUCAAUACAACACUGGCCAAUCUUACUUUAGCAUUAUCCACCACAACACCGGCCAGUGAACGUUUCCAGUCGGCCGCUUCAGAAUAUUUUAACCGCUACAUUUUAGAACUAAAUCAAAGUGAUGGUCUCCAUAAUUUGGGUUCAAUAAAAUGGGAUUUGGUAAUUUGCCUGCUGAUAGUCUAUUUAAUAUGUUAUUUCUCGCUGUGGAAGGGUAUUGGCACCUCAGGCAAAGUGGUGUGGUUCACCGCCCUUUUUCCAUACGUUGUGCUUUUGAUUCUUCUAAUUCGUGGCAUUACCUUACCCGGUUCAGCAAUGGGUAUACAAUAUUAUCUGAAUCCUAAUUUCGAUGCCAUCUAUAAAGCAGAAGUUUGGGUUGAUGCUGCCACUCAAGUGUUCUUUUCACUGGGUCCGGGUUUUGGAGUGUUAUUGGCAUAUGCCUCCUAUAAUAAAUAUCAUAAUAAUGUUUAUAAGGAUGCCCUCCUUACCAGCUGUAUUAAUUCGGCCACAAGUUUUAUUGCCGGUUUUGUGAUAUUUUCCGUAUUGGGUUAUAUGGCUCAUACAUCGGGUCAAAAUAUUGAAGAUGUUGCCACAGAAGGUCCAGGCUUGGUGUUUGUUGUAUAUCCUGCAGCCAUUGCCACAAUGCCGGGCAGUACUUUCUGGGCAUUGAUAUUCUUUAUGAUGCUCUUAACUUUGGGUUUGGAUAGUUCGUUUGGGGGUUCCGAAGCCAUUAUAACAGCUUUGAGUGAUGAAUUUCCCAAAAUCGGACGAAAUCGUGAAGUCUUUGUGGCUGGAUUGUUUUCACUUUACUUCAUUGUGGGUUUGGCCAGCUGUACACAAGGUGGCUUCUAUUUCUUUCAACUAUUAGAUCGUUAUGCCGCCGGCUAUUCAAUAUUGGUUGCGGUAUUCUUUGAGGCAAUUGCGGUCUCGUGGAUAUAUGGAACAAAUCGUUUCUGUGAGGACAUACGUGAUAUGAUCGGUUUCCGACCGGGUAAAUAUUGGCAAGUGUGUUGGCGUUUUGUGGCUCCCUUGUUCUUGUUGUUCAUAACCGUUUAUGGUUUGAUUGGUUAUGAACCGCUCUCCUAUGAAGAUUACACCUAUCCACGGUGGGCAAAUGCCUUGGGUUGGUGUAUAGCCGGAUCAUCGGUUAUGAUGAUACCCGCUGUGGCAAUUUAUAAACUAUGCACCACACGUGGUACUCUCAAAGAACGUUUGCGUAUCCUCACCACACCUUGGCGUGAUCAACAGGUAUCGGUAAAUGGUGUAACAGCUGAUGCAACGCAGGUUCGCCUAACCGAUACCAAAGAAGCUGCAGAAGUUUGAAAUCAACCAUUUGCCAGAUUUCAAAUUUAUUAUGUAUAGCAUUUAAGGAUAAAACUCAAACAAAAACAAA